AUGAAAUACUCUCGCAUAUUUUCGCCAUCUUUUUAUUUUUUUUUUUCAUUGAAUUUACUUGUUCAUUUUGACCAACAGCGGAUCAUGAAUCAAGACGACUUAUACGUAUACAACCUUCAAGAGAAAGUAACCAAGGAAUUUGAAUUAUUAUACUUUGAUUCUAAAACCCUAGAAACCAUCGAAGUAGACGAUUCAAUUACAACAGAAAGUUCUAAGAAGACAUCGACCUCCAAUGUUCAUGAUAUAGAUUACUAUAAAUCUGAUUUAUACAGAUACAAUUUAAAAAGACAACUUAGAGAUUUGCCUCCUGUUUCUGAAGAAGAAUUUGACAAAUUACUCGAAGAAGAAUCCAUUGAAAGUUUAUCAGGAUCAGACGACGAUGAAGAUGAAGAUGAGAGUGAUAAGGAAGAAGAUAAACUUCAAAGUUUGAUGCAAAAAUUAGACAUUAAUACCAAUGCUAACGGAGAAGAAGAAGAAGAAGAAUCAACUGUGAGUUAUCUUAAUACAAAAUCACCAUUCAUAUUAUUCAAAUCACCAUUAGUACCAUCAGAUAAAGCAAUUGGUGUAUAUAAGGCUGUAUUUUCACCAACUCAAUUAAAUGAUCCUAUUAAAUCACUUGAAAGUUUCCCAAAAACUGGUAAAUCAGCAUUAUUUAUGAUUGGAGGUGGUCAUUUUGCAGGAGCUAUUGUAUCUCAUAUGAAGAAGAACACCAGAGGAAAUGCACCUAGUUCCAAAGAAUCUCUUCAAGAACAAGCCGUUGAUGUUGUCGUAUCAAAAACAUUCCAUAGAUAUACAACUAGAAGAAAACAAGGUGGAUCACAAAGUGCCAGUGAUAAUGCUCGAGGUAAAGCAAAUUCAGCUGGGUCAAGUAUUAGAAGAUAUAAUGAACAAGCUUUGAUACAAGAAGUUAGAGAAUUAUUACAAGAAUGGAAACAUCAUCUUGAUGAAUGUACUUCAAUUUAUAUUCGUGCGAAUGGUGCAUCAAAUAGAAAAAUUUUAGUUGGUUAUGAAGGAGCAGUUAUUGAAAAUAAAGAUGAAAGAUUAAGAAGUUUCCCAUUUACUACUAAGCGUGCAACUACUCAUGAAUUGAAACGUGCUUGGGUCGAAUUAAUGCAUCUACAUGUUGUUGAUAUGCCAAAAGUAAUUAAGAAGAAACAAAAAGAAUUUACUCCAGAAAGAUCAGCUACUCCAAAAAUUGUUAAAUCUCCAGAAGAAAUCAAACAUGAACAAGUAAGUAACGAAUUAAUUGGUUUAUUAAAACGACAAAAGGCACCAAAGUUAAUAAGCUUUAUCAAACAGAAUAAGAUCAACGUUGAUACUUUUAAAUUGGACAAUGCUCAUACCCCUACAUUGUUACAUUAUGCAGCAGCAAAUGGUCUUGGUCAUAUGGUUCAAGUAUUAUUGGUCAACCUUAAAGCAUCUCCAUUAGUUCUUAACAGUGUCAAUAGAACUCCUGCUGAAAUCUCAGAUGCUGAAUCUAGAAAAGUUUUCCAGAUAGUUCGUCACAAAUUAGGUGAAGAUUAUUGUGAUUGGGAUCUUGCAAAAGUAGGUAAACCAAAAUCUAAAAAAGAAAUUGAUGAAGCUGAAAAAUCUAAAAAUGAACAAAUUAAAUUACAAAAACAGAAAUUAAUUCAAGAUGAAUUAGCUAAAAAAACUAAAUUAGAAUUGAAAAAACCUAAAUUCUCAUCUACUGGAGUUUUAGCAAAUCAUAAAGUUGAUGAUUUGAGUGGAUUAAGUGAACAACAAAAAAUGAGAUUGAUGAGAGAACAAAGAGCUAGAGCAGCAGAAGCAAGAAUGAAAAUGAUGCAAAAACAAUAG